AUGUCCAGGGUGAGCGGCCCCGGGCCGGCCGGCGGCCCCAAGGAGAAGCGCUCCUUCAGCAAGCGGCUGUUCCGGGGCCGGGCCGGCGCGGGCUCGGGCUCGGGCUCGGCCCGCUCGCUCAGCAGCUUCAUGAGCCGGGUGCUCAAGACCCUCUCCACCCUGUCGCACUACAGCUCCGAGCCCGAGGCGGGCCGGGGCCCGCCGCCCCCGCGCCUGCCCCCGCCGCCCAGCGGCCUGGCCAGCUGCUUCCACCCGGCCCGCCCGCCGCAGAGCCCCGAGCCCGAGCCGCCGCCCGAGGCGCCGGAGCCGGGCCCGGAGCCGGUGCCUGGGGUGGCCGGGCUGAAGAACCACGGGAACACGUGCUUCAUGAACGCCGUGCUGCAGUGCCUCAGCAACACCGAGCUCUUCGCCGAGUACCUGGCGCUGGAGCAGUACCGCGGCGGGGGCGGGGGCGAGGCGGGCGGCGAGCCGCCCCGCGCCGGGGACGGGACCCCCCCCGACAACGGCGCCCCGCCGCCGCCCAAGGGCGAGGUCACCGAGCAGCUGGCGCACCUGGUGCGGGCGCUCUGGACGCUGGAGUACACCCCGCAGCACAGCCGCGAGUUCAAGAGCAUUGUCUCGAAGAACUCCAUGCAGUACCGAGGGAACUCGCAGCACGAUGCACAGGAAUUUCUGCUCUGGCUGUUAGACAGAGUUCAUGAAGACCUGAACAAUUUAGUGAAAUACAAUGGCAGACCUCCAUUGAAGCCACCGUUGGAAGAUGCUGCGCUGCUCGAGGCACCAGGCUUUCCAAUCAGUAGCACUUUCAUACAGGAACUCUUUCAAGCCCAGUACAGGUCCUCUCUGACGUGCCCUCAUUGUCAGAAGCAGAGUAACACCUUUGACCCUUUCCUCUGCAUCUCUCUGCCAAUUCCUCUGCCUCAUACACGACCUCUGUAUAUCACUGUGGUGUAUCAAGGGAAGUGUUCGCAUUGCAUGCGCAUCGGUGUGGCAGUGCCUCUGUCUGGAACAGUGGCGAAAUUGCGCGAAGCAGUAUCCAUGGAAACCAAGAUACCCACUGAGCAGAUUGUGCUGACGGAGAUGUACUACGAUGGGUUCCAUCGCUCCUUCUGUGACACUGAUGACCUGGACACGGUUCAGGACAGUGACUGCAUUUUUGCCUUUGAGACCCCUGAGAUAUUUAGGCCUGAGGGGAUCCUUAGUCAGAGAGGAAUUCAUGUGAACAAUAACCUGAAUAACUUGAAAUAUGGCACUGACCACCACAGAACAUUAUCUUAUACACAAGGGGCGGUGAAGUCUGGGAAACAGGAAACCUCUACUCGCUCAGCAGCCAGUGACAAGAUUGUAUUGCUGGUCUGCAACAGAGCAUCUACCGGACAGCAGGGGAAAAGGUUUGGCCAGCCCUUUGUGUUGCACCUGGAGAAAACAAUUGUGUGGGAUCUCCUCCAGAAGGAAAUCCUGGAGAAGAUGCAAAAUAUUCUGCGGCCCUCAGCCUGCAUUCAGGUGUGUCCAUUCAGCUUGCGGGUGGUUAGUGUUGUGGGCAUAACAUACCUAUUACCUCAGGAGGAGCGGCCCCUCUGCCACCCCACUGUGGAACGGGCACUGAAAUCAUGUGGACAGGGUGGAACUGCUCAUGUGAAGUUGGUGGUAGAAUGGGACAAAGAGACUAAAGAUUAUUUGUUUGUGAACAUGGAGGAUGAGUACGUCCCAGACUCCGAAAGUGUCCGCCAGCAGAGGGAGCUUCAUCACCAGCCUCAGUCCUGCACUUUAUCUCAGUGUUUCCAACUUUACACCAAAGAGGAACAGCUUGCUCCAGAUGAUGCAUGGCGCUGCCCCCAUUGCAAGCAGCUGCAGCAGGGGAGUAUUACAUUGAGCCUAUGGACUUUACCCGAUGUUCUCAUCAUACAUCUAAAGAGGUUUAGACAGGAAGGAGACCGAAGAAUGAAAUUGCAAAACAUGGUCAAGUUCCCUCUGACCGGCUUGGAUAUGACCCCUCACGUCGUCAAACGCAGUCAGAGUAGCUGGAGUCUGCCAUCUCACUGGUCCCCAUGGAGACGACCCUACGGUCUUGGAAGGGAUCCCGAGGAUUAUGUCUACGACCUGUAUGCGGUGUGCAAUCACCAUGGCACUAUGCAAGGAGGGCACUAUACAGCAUAUUGUAAGAACUCUGUAGAUGGCUUGUGGUACUGCUUCGAUGAUACUGACGUGCAGCAGUUGGCAGAAAAUGAAGUCUGCAAGCAGACCGCUUAUAUCCUCUUCUACCAGAGGCGCACGACGAUCCCAUCCUGGUCGGCUAACAGCUCUGUGGCAGGCUCUACAAGCUCUUCUCUGUGUGAACACUGGGUGAGCCGGCUUCCUGGCAGCAAACAGCCCAGCAUCGCCUCAGCAGCUUCCUCCCGACGCACGUCUCUGGCCUCGCUUUCAGAAUCGGUUGAGCUGACGGGGGAAAGGAGUGAAGAUGAUGGGGGGUUCUCGACUCGACCCUUUGUAAGAAGCGUCCAGCGUCAGAGUUUGUCUUCUAGAUCCUCUGUCACCAGCCCUCUGGCAGUAAAUGAAAAUGGUGUUCGGCCAUCCUGGUCGCUGUCUGCGAAGCUGCAGAUGCGCUCCAACUCUCCUUCACGCUUCUCUGGAGAUUCCCCUGUGCGCACUUCUGCCUCGACACUGGAGAAGAUCGGGGAGGCUGCUGAUGAUAAAGUGUCCACCUCCUGCUUUGGCAGCUUAAGGAAUCUCUCCAGUAGUUACCCGGAACCAAGUGACAGCAGCAGCAGGCGAGAACAUAGGACGGUGGGCAGAGCCCCUCUGGCUGUCAUGGAAGGGGUGUUCAGAGAGGAAUCUGCUGCAAGGAAAUCAAAUUCUGCUUUCAUGGACCCAUAUGGGAAAAGCUCGGUGCAAGCAGACAGGAGCCAUCUGGCUCUGGACCCUUUUGAUAACAACAAUCAAAUUGCUUUUGUGGAUCAGAGUGACUCUGUAGAGAGCUCUCCAGUCAAAGAGGUGAAAGCCCCCAGUGGGACAGGGCUGCUCUCUGAGAAGGCAGAUGGCACCCCCAAGAAGGCUCCCAGCUCCAAAGGCAUUUCUGAGCCAGAUAAAAAUUUGAGGAAAGGAAGGACAGUCUUGUCUAGCCAAGAAUCCCCAAUUUCUCACCCCUCUCCUGCCUCUGCCCCUCCUUUAAAGACCUCUCAGAAGGUUUCCCGGUCCAGAAGCAAGACAGAUUCUUCCAGGGCCAGUGGGCGACAUGCAUCUCCUGCUUCUGGCCAGGCUAGAAAGGAAUCUGGCACCAAACUCCAGGAAAGCCAGGCUUUGUCAUCGACUCAACAGAAACACAAGUCAGUUUCUUCCCCAUCCUCCACAGCUGCCAAGAAAACCACUUCGGGGUCAGUGACACGGGGGCCCUCUGCUGGGAAGAGCCUCAGCAGGGAGGGCUCCAAGGUAAGCCUUGGCUCGGAUAAGACCAGUGUCAUUUCCAGCUCAAGAACCAGCUCUCCUCGGAUAAGCCAGCCUAGAAGCGAGAGCAGAGCAAUGGACAGCAAGCAUGUGCGGAGCAACUCCAUGGCCAGCCUGAGGUCCCCAAGCAUCAGCAUGCGUUCCGGUUUAAAGAGGGACAGCAAGUCGGAAGAUAAAGGGCUGUCUUUCUUCAAAUCAGCCCUGAGGCAGAAGGAGACCCGACGGUCGGCUGAUCUGGGAAAGACGACAAUGCUUUCAAAAAAGACUGCAGGUGGCUCCUCCAAGCCAGGCAGUAAAAAUGUGGCAGAAGACAAGUCAGAGAAGAGCAGCCUCCCACCAUCCUCUCACGCAAACCCCAACAUUGCUGCAAAAGAGAAGCUUGCCCUGAAAGAUGCCACGCCCAGCAAACAUUCUCUGCUGUCCAGCCGCAAAUCCAAGUCUUCCCAGCUAGACCCCGGAGCACAGUCUCCUUCCAGUGACAAACAGUCUGCUGACAAGUCAUUGAAAAAGUUACCUUCCAGCAUGCACAUGUCUGCACGGCCUUCUCCGAAACCUCAGUGAGAUGCUGCAAUCCAGGUGUUUUUUUCUUCUGCUGAGAGCUAAUUUAUUCUGAGUUCUUGUUGUUUUUUUUGUUCAUGUGCCUAAUGUGUGUUUGAGGAGAACUUAACUGCAAAUUGGUAAAGCGCCUUUUGAUUCUGCCAUCAAACCAAAUAGCCCCAGCUGGCCAGCACUGAUACCAAGUGAAGUCCAGCUGGAGUCAUAGAACAUGAACGCAGCUGUCCCAUAGCACUUGUACAGAAGUCUCUUUAUAGAAAAAUGCAACAACUUUCUUCAGACAGCAGGUUUGAAACCUGUACCCAGUUAUACUGUAAUUAGCGUGCUUUAUAGAACUGUGAACUAAUAUUCCAUUGGUUUUAGUCUAAGCAGGCUCCAUCUGUGGUGAUGGGUGACCUGGUUCUUGGCUGCAGAAGAUGCUAAGGGACCUGUGAAAAAGAGAGACUGCCGCUUCUUUGUGCUGUCCCCAAUCCCCCAUUUUUCAAGCUUUUUAAAGGGCAAUAUCUCAACACUAAUGUUGUUUCUCAGGUAUAUACUCAGCCAGUAUAGGAGGGUUAGCAUUAGUGACUGGACAGAUCCAAAGGGUACUCCCAUGUAUGUGUGUGCAGAACAGUUUUCAUAUUUUCAUUCCAACAGGCUUAAUUUUUUUUAUAAAAUAUAACUUGCAUUUUGUUGUUGCCAUAUCUGAAGACUCCACUGUCUGCUCCAACUUCCUUCUUCCUUUGAGGUGUUACACUACGCAACAGAGAAAAUGACUAGUUGGUGCCAGCCACUAGCAGUGAAAUGUCCAAGGUGAAAGAUAUUACAAUACCUAGAAAGACAGCUGGAAUUCUUAGUCUUAAAUAAUAGUGAAGCUGGUAGGACCCUUAUCGUUAAACCCCCGAGAAGAAUUUUCUAACACACAUGCUCAGAUGCUUAAUUGGCAUCUCUCUAUCUGCAGGAGAAGUGAAUAGAUGUACCACAUGUUCUCUGCUCCCUUUUUGCAUUUUCCGAGUGUGUUUCAACGCACCUCUGUAUGGCCAGGCCAAAAUGCUGUGCGGUUGUAUUUUGACCAAUAGUGUAGUCCCACAUUCUUCUCUUCAUUCUACAUUUCUAAUGCUUGCUGACGGGUCCAACUGCAACAAUGUCUUACAAGACAGGUCUGGUUUCUGAUCAGAUGAGGAAUUCUGUCAGGGUUAAAACACUACAUCGGCAACAUCUUUGCACACACUGUCUCUCUGAAAGGUGGCUUCUCUUCCCUGAAGUCCUUUGAUACACACGUGGCAUUGUCUGUUUUUAUUUCAUGAGCUGAUGAUGAAUUGCAUUCUCAUUUUAAGAAAACAACAAACUGUGUCCUUCAUGUAUGGAAUCGUGUUUUGUGAUAAAUGGUGUAUGAUAGCUCAGUUGUACUGUGUGCACAAAUCAUCUGCAGUUUACAUUAUUAUGUACAUUCAUUCUUUGUCUGUCACAUGAACACUUCUGGCUCUGUGAGCUUAGUGUGUGGACAGACCUAUUUAUUAACCUUUCCUGCUCAGUAUUACAGUAACAAAUGACCCUGGAACAAAUAGUUAUUAUUAAAUAUCCGGUUCAAUCUCCUCUCUUGAACCUGUUGGGAAAGUUGCUCACAGGUCACUGAUCGUGGCUGCUCCUUGAUCACUUACACUUAGCUUAUCUGCAACAAGGUGUUGAGAGAUUUACUUUCAGGGUAGCUUUAUCUUGGUAAUACACACGACUUGCAUAUACAGCCUCAUACGUGAUUGUGCAUACCACAAAGCUCUGUGUAACCUGUGAAUAUGAACCCAUGUGCAGUGUAACCCACACCAUCCAGUCCAGACCAUACCCUCUGCAGGACAAGCAUUCUUGAUCCCCAGAAGCAGUGCUAGUAGCCUGUAACACUUCUCUGUACUCGGCCUGACUUUCCAUGUCGUGGAUUAUGUUUUAAAACCCAAACAUGGCCAUUUUCUCCAUUCAUUCCUGUUCCUAUAUCACACUUAAUGGAGCAAAAAGGGGGCAAGAAGCAUAGAAAAUUGAUCUUAAUUUGUGAAGCUGGAUUGAUUUGUUUCUUGUACUCUGUUUCCUGAACAGGCAGGAGUUACUGGGCAUAUUCCUCUAGUGGUAAAUUUCUACCUAAAACUUCUGAUAUUGAAGCAUUAGUUUAAGGCUUUGUCGUCUUGAGAGUGCAAACCAUGGUAUCUCCUUAGUUGCAACAGCUCUUCUAGCAGGAACACCGUUCCAGUAGCCACUGCUAACAUGGUUGGACCUCUCACUAUAGACCGGGCCUAGUUUGCCACCUCAUUAGAAAGUGUGUCAUUGUGCAAAGUGACCUUAUGGAAUAGCUUCCCCCUCUUGUGCACUCAUUCAUUGAGCAAUUCCUGUAUUACAUACAGCUGAAAGUUGGUUUAGGGUUUCCAAGUGGUAGCUUUACUUCUUGUGUUCACUGCCUUAUUGAAGCAAAUUUGCAGCAAUGACUGAAAUUGUGUUGUAGACCAAUGCUAAUCCAGUGUGCUGGUACCAUGUGGUGAGUUUGCUAUAUAGACAUAGGCUGCAGCACCAAAAUGGGAGCAAGAAGUUUGUUGCCAAAUAUUCCAACAGUUAAGAUAAAAAACAGCCAAACUGCCCCGUUCUGGUAGGUAACGCCAAUCUUUCUCUGGGGUCUGCUGAUAAUCCCUCCUUGGGAAUUCCCACUAGCUCCAAAAUCCUCUCUCUCCUUCUGCAAACUGUCCAAUGUGAGUUGGUACCUGCGCCUUUGAAAGCGGGAUACACAGGACCCUGGCGUCUGGUCAAUCCCGCCCAUCUGAAGUUUUUAGAAUAUCACCCUCUUCCCAUUAAUUUUCAUCUCGGGGGAAGAGUGUAAGAACAAAAUCUCUCCUUCAAGUGAGUGACAUGCUGUUCUCCUGUGGCAGACUGCCUGCACUUCUGAUAUAUUUUUGAGUAGGCAGGCUGAGCCAUACAGCAAAUCACUUCAGUUUAUAUAGGGCAGUGGAUUUCUGUUGGUGGUCUCAUAAAGUGCACAACAAAGUGAAUAAAAUAUGAUGGCCGUGACUCUUAACAGUAACUAGAACUGGAGCUGUGUCUUUAUGGGCAGAUGAAACACGAACACAAAACUAUCUGGAAAGUGUCGCGGUCGUUCACUGCUUUC